AUGGAUCCAGCUGUGGCGAUCGUGUUGGGCCAGGAUCCCGCGCCAUUUGAGCAGCUGCUGCAGCGACUCCUUUCCCCGUCAAACGACGACAGAGGCGAGGCCGAGCGCAUAUUUAAUCUCUGCAAGCAGCAGCCUGACGCUCUCGUUCUCCGCCUCGUCGCGGCGCUGCAGUCCUCCGCCGCAGGAGCGGACGUGCGGACGAUUGGCGCGGUGCUCCUUAGACGAGUGAUCACGAAGGACAGCGUGUCGCUAUGGCCGCAGCUGAGUCCCGCGACGCAGGCGACCGUCAAGACUGAAUUACUCGCUAGCGUGCAGAGGGAGCCUACUAAGGCGAUUUGGAAGAAGCUGUGCGACACGAUCGCGGAGCUCGCGGCGGGGAUCGUGGAGUCGGGGACAUGGCCGGAGCUGCUUCCGUUCAUGUUCCAAUGCGUGUCGUCGUCCGACGACCGGCUCAAGGAAGCAUCGCUGCUGAUCUUCGCGCAGCUAGUGCAUUUCUUCCAGUCGCAGCUGAAGCCUCACUUGCCCACUCUACACAAUGUGCUUCUGCAGUGCCUCUCGCAGUCAGCCAAUCCCGACGUGCGGAUCGCCGCGCUCCGUGCGGCUGCGAAUUUCGUUGAGGCGCUCGAAACUCCUGAGGAGCUGACGCAAUUCCAGGAUUUGCUGCCCGGAAUGAUGCAGACGCUGAAUCUGUGCCUGCAGAGCAAAGACGAGGCCAGCGCGCAAGAGGCGCUCGAAAUGCUCAUCGAGGUUGCCGGCAUCGAGCCGCGCUACAUGCGCAAGCAGCUGACUGACGUCAUCGCCGCAAUGCUGCAGAUCGCGGAAUCCACGCAGCUCGAGGACGCCACGCGUCACCUCGCGAUUGAGUUCCUGAUCACGCUGUCAGAGGCCCGCGAGCGCGCGCCGGGUAUGAUGCGCAAGGUGCCGCAUUUGGUGGGCCGGCUGUUCGCAGUGCUGAUGGCGAUGCUGCUGGAUAUCGAGGACACGCCGGAGUGGCACGCCGCGAAUGACGAGGAGGAGGAUUCGGGAGAAUCGGCGAAUUACGAGGUCGCACAGGAGUGCCUUGAUAGGCUCGCGAUCUCGGUUGGCGGGAACACCGUUCUCCCGGUCGCGUCACAGGCACUUCCCGCAUACUCGACCGACGGGGAUUGGAAGAAGCGGCACGCGGCGCUCGUGUGCCUCGCGCAAAUUGCGGAGGGCUGCACCAAGGUGAUGUCGAAGAGUUUGGACUCGGUGGUGACCAUGGUGCUCGCCGCCUUCAACGACCCCAACCCGCGCGUCAGGUGGGCGGCGAUCAACGCGGUGGGGCAGCUGUCGACGGACCUGGGCCCGGACCUGCAGCAGCAAUACCACGCGCGCGUGCUGCCCGCGCUCAUCGCCGCCAUGGACGACGGCGCCAACCCGCGCGUGCAGGCGCACGCCACCGCCGCCAUCCUCAACUUCAGCGAGGCCGCGACGCCCGAGAUCAUGGCGCCGUACCUGGACCAGCUGCUCAACAAGCUGCUGCAGCUGCUGCAGUUCGGCAAGCGCAUGGUGCAGGAGGGGUCGCUUACAGCCAUUGCCGCCAUCGCUGACUGCUCCCAGGAGCACUUCUCAAAGUACUACGACGGGGUAAUGCCGUACCUCAAGACGGUGCUCACACAGGCGGGCGACAAGGAGCAGCGCAUGCUGCGCGCCAAGGCCAUGGAGGCGAUCAGCCUGGUGGGCAUGGCGGUGGGCAAGGACAAGUUCCGCGCCGACGCCAAGGAGGUGAUGCAGGUGCUCGUGUCGCUGCAGUCCGCGCCCAUGGACGACGACGACCUCACCAUGAGCUACAUGCUGCAGGCGUGGGCGCGGCUGUGCAAGUGUCUGGGCGCGGAGUUCCUGCCGUUCAUGCACGUGGUGAUGCCGCCGCUGCUGCACUCCGCCUCGCUCAAGCCCGACGUCACCAUCUCCGACAUUGAUGACGACACGGCCAACGAUGAUGAAGACGACGACAGUGUGGAGACGAUAACGAUAGGCGACAAGAAGAUCGGCAUCCGCACGAGCAUGCUGGAGGAGAAGGCCACGGCGUGCAACAUGCUCUGCUGCUACGCCGACGAGCUCAAGGAGGGCUUCUUCCCCUGGAUCGACCAGGUGGCGCAGCUGAUGGUGCCGCUGCUCAAGUUCUACUUCCACGAGGAGGUCCGCAAGGCCGCCGCCCAGUCCAUCCCGGAGCUGCUGCUGGACGGCAAGCUGGCGGUGGAGAAGGGCAUGGCGCCAGCGGUGACGGCGACAGCGGAGGGAGAGAAGCGCUACCUCAAGCAGAUGGUCGACUUCCUUGUGCCUCCUCUUGUGGAGGUUCUUACCAAGGAGCCAGAGGUGGAGAUGAUAGUGGUCAUGCUCGAGUCUCUGCAAGAAUGCAUUCAGUUGGGAGGGGUGGAGCUGAGUGCGGAGCAGGUGACGCAGGUGGUGGCGCAGCUGAAGGCCGUGGUGGAGGGCAGCCGGGGGCGGCGCAAGGAGCGGCUGGAGCGCACCCAGACAGAGGACUUUGAUGAGGAGGAGAGCGAGCUGCUGCAGGAGGAGAACGAACAGGAAGACGAGGUGCUUGAUCAGGUGGGAGACUGCAUAGGAGAGCUGGCGAGGGUGUUCAAGGGCAGCUUCAAGCCAUUCGCCGACGACCUCGCUCCCUUCGUGCUUCAAAUGAUGGACAAGAGUCGGCCGGCCACGGAGAGGAGGGUGGGCAUCUGUAUCUUUGACGACCUGGCGGAGAACAUGGGCGAUGCUGCUGCCAGCUACUUCCCGGCCUUCCUGCCGCACAUCCUGGAGGCCGUGCUCGACCCCUUGCCCGAGAUCCGACAGUCAGCAGCAUAUGGCAUCGGCAUCUGCGCACAACAUGGUGGCGCUGCCUUCACUCCAUAUGUGCCAGACACGGUGGCACGGCUGGGGCAGGUGGUGAGCAGUGGGGACAGCAAGAGCGAGCUGAGCGUGUCAGCAACGGACAACGCGAUAUCAGCCUUGGGGCGGCUGUGUGAGCACCAGGCGCACGCACCCUUUGACUCCGCGCACGUGCUGUCCGUGUGGCUCGCCUACCUGCCCAUCCGCGAGGACCGUGCCGAGGCCAAGGUUGCACACGCCCAGCUCUGCGGCCUGCUGGAAAGGUCGGACACUCGUAUUUUGGGCCCCAACAACCAGAACCUGCCCCACAUUGUCGGAGUGCUGCUAGAGGUGCUCAAGGCUGGCACGGAUUUGGCAACAGAGGAGACGAACAAGCGAGCCGUGACGCUGCUGCGGAGCCUACCUGCGGAGAUCGUGGGUGCUCUGCCCCCGGAGCAGCAAGCUGUCCUGCAGCAGGCCCUUCAGUCCUCGUAA